CGGCGAAUGAGGUCCUUGACCAGUCCCUCUGCGCGUAGGCCUGAAACGGCACGUUGAAAGCCGCCCCCUGCCAACUCCGCGCUGAACGGAGUGCGCAGAUCCCCCUCUGAUCCCCCCUUGCUGACAUCACUGAUUGACUCACAGGUGCGUUCACUCGCUGAUGGACUCACAGGUGCGUUCACUCGCUGAUUGACUCACAGGAUUGACUCGGGCGCCCUCGCUUCGCUCGGGCUGUUCUACGGCCGUCGGCGCGCCCAAAAAGUCUUCGUCGAGAUCUGAACCCGCACCGCACCCCCUGUCUAACCCACUUGAGUGACCCUCGGCCGCCCUUUGAACGCGUCCGAGGCUCCCACGGGAGGCGUCGCCGCCUCCAUGGCGGCCGCCCUCCCACCCAUGAGCCCCCUGCCCUCCUCCCCGCCCUACCCGGCGGACGAUUCAUCACCCCUCCCCGCCCCACGCAACGCAUCCUCUGGCGCCAUUUCGGCACUGCGGGAAGCUGGCAUCCCCCUCGACACCGCCGGCGACUUCCACCAAUGGGCCAUGGAGACCUGCGAGGCUGAUCUCGGCGCACCAGCCGUGGCCCACCUGCGCACGGGGAUCGACGAGCUCGCCACCGCCUACGACCUGCGGUCCUCGGCCGUUGAGGCUAUCCACGACGCGUACGCACCGUGGCUGCUCGGCAGCGCCUCCACGGGCUUCGGCGCUCUCGCCGCUGGCUCAACACCUGCCUUCCCGCGACCCCCAUUCCGGCCACCCCCUUCCAGCAGCAGCGCUCCAAGCGACGCAGAGGCGGCCAGAACGGGCGGCGUCGUCACCAAGUAUAGCGGACAGCGGCUGGGCGGCCAUAUCGUAGCGCCGCAACCAGUUCGGACGACCUCGAUUCCCCUCGGGCGACGACACCGGCGCCGCUACCUGUGCUUCCCACCCCGCCUGCCGCUGGCCCGUGCGCGGCACCUGACGACGUCGACAUGCACCCCAAGGACCGCCCUCUCACGCCACCCCGGCAGCGCCCGCCCGAACGCGCCCGCCAGGACCCCCGACGUCGCAUACGGGAGCUGA